AUGAGAUUCGGCCACCAGCUCCGCGCUUCUCUCAUAAAAGAAUACUACUGGCACUACAUAGCCUACGAUGAUCUUAAAGCUGCUCUGAAAACCCCGUACGAGUCAAGUCCCACCACCCCGACCGCCGCUGCUGCUCAGGAAACCCAACCCGCAAAGCCCAAGCGCAAGCCAUGGACGGAGGAGGACGAGAGGCGCUUCGUCGCACUGCUGGAGAGCGAGCUGGAUAAGGUGUUUACUUUCCAGAAGCUGAAGAGCGAUGAGAUCGUCGCGCGGAUUGUGCAGAGUGAGAAAGAGGUUAAUGGCGUCGUGGCUAUGAUGAGGGCUGCUGCUGCCGGGGGUGGUGGGAAUAGUGCUGGAGGCAGGAGGGGGUCGCAGAUUAGCAGUCGUGGGGUUGAAGCUGCUGCUGGCAGUGUCGCAGUCAGCGGUGGAAUGGCGCCGACCGAUGAGGAUUUCUUGCUGCUAGAGGAGGAUCUUAGUGAUAUUAUUGCCGACGUCCAUGAUUUGGCCAAGUAUGUGCAGUUGAAUUAUACGGGGUUUCAGAAGAUUAUCAAGAAGCAUGAUAAACAAACUCAAUGGCAUUUGAAGCCCGUGUUCGCAGCACGGCUAAAAGCAAAGCCGUUUUUCAAGGAUAACUACGAUGCGUUCGUGGUUAAAUUGUCCAGGUUGUAUGAUUUGGUUAGGAACAAGGGCGCUCCUGUUACCGGUGACAGUGCAGCGGGCGCAUCUCCCGUUUUGGUAUUCAAUCCCACAAAAGAAUUCGAUGAGCGAGAUUCAGCUAUCUCCUCUAUUUACUAUGAUAAUCCAGAAACCUGGGAGCUAUAUACUGGGCGCUUAAAGAAGACUGAAGGUGCGGAGGCGAUCCGACUACGGUGGUAUGGUGGCAUGGAAAAUGAUCAGAUUUUCGUUGAGAGGAAAACGCACCGGGAGGAUUGGACAGGAGAAAAAUCGGUCAAAGCGCGGUUCCCGAUUAAGGAGAAACAUGUAAAUUCUUUUUUGGCUGGGAGAAUGACUGUCGAGAGCAUCUUUGAGAAGACCAGGAAGGAUGGAAAGAAGAGCGAGCAACAGAUUGCUGACUGGGAGCAGCUGGCGCGGGAGGUGCAAUAUCGUGUAGUUACUCGGAAGCUCAAGCCAGUUACGAGGUCGUUUUAUCAUCGGACUGCAUUCCAGCUUCCUGGAGAUGCGAGAGUGCGAAUAUCGUUGGAUACCGAGCUGACCAUGAUCCGAGAGGAUAAUCUAGAUGGCCGCAAAAGGUCUGGGUCCAAUUGGCGGCGAAUGGAUAUCGGAAUUGACUACCCUUUUCUCCAACUACCCGCGCAGGAUGUCGAAAGAUUUCCCUACGCUAUUUUGGAAGUGAAGUUGCAGACGCAGGCGGGUCAAGCACCUCCACCAUGGAUCCGGGAUCUAAUCUCAAGUCAUCUGGUGGAAGCUGUCCCCAAGUUCAGCAAGUUCAUUCAUGGAACGGCAAAUCUAUUCCCAGACCAUAUCGACCUGCUCCCCUUCUGGAUGCCGCAGAUGGACGUCGAUAUUCGAAAACCCAUCACCCGCAGGUUCGGCAUCGAGCGACCGGUCCAAACUAGCCAAUCGACAACUGACAUCAUGGACGAUGAUGGCGACGAUGAUGACGAGUCCGACGAUGACGCUGACGCUGACGCUGACGAUGCCGGUGGUAGUGAUCCCGCAGCGCGCAACGAAGUCGAUGCACGCGAAAACGGCCACGCAUCAUCCUCAUCCGUGAACGGAACCAACGCAAUCCAUUUCCAAUCCCUCCAACCCCUUCCUCAAGGCGAAGACAACGACGACCCUUUACAAGACCCCAGCAUCUCCCAAGCUAUGGGUAACGCGCUCGAUAUGGAAGAGCGUAUCGCUGCCCAACGAAAUCUUAUUGAUAUCGGCGGCGAUGACUACCCACUCUAUGACUCCGAAGACGAGUCGAGCGGACAAGAUGACCUCGAAGAGGCACGGAGGAUCGGUGGCUGGCAAUAUCGCAUUAAGCUUGCGAAACACUACGUUCGCGCUGCGGGAAGAUCUACCCUGAAUGCUGCGAAAUACUUAGCACCCGUCCCGAGACCGACGGCGAUGCCCAUCAAUAAUGGCGUCAGUGGGGUGGGGAGGUUCAUACCGCCAGAUCAAAUGCAAGUUAAGCGGUUUAAAGCACCGAAGGGGAAACGAAUCCACGUCCCCGUCCGUGUCGAACCAAAAGUCUACUUCGCCGCUGAACGCACAUUCCUUUCCUGGCUCGAAUUUUCUAUCAUCCUCGGCUCCAUCGCUGCCGCCCUACUCAAUUUCGACUACGACACCGUCACGCUUGUGUCGUCGUGGGUGUUUACUAUACUCGCUUGCCUGUCGCUCGUGUAUAGCUUGCUGCUGUAUAUGUGGCGCAUUGAUAAGAUUCGGAAACGGCGGGAUGUAAAGCAUGUUUAUCAUGAGAAGUGGGGCCCGACGGUGCUUUGUGUGGGCUUGCUUGUGGCUGUUUGUGUUAAUUUUGGAUUGAGGGCUAGGUCUGGGGGGUGA